GUUGGCAGUCACACAGCACCAUCAUGGAGCGCAUUAGUCCGUCGGAGAAGCUGUACAUCACACAUGGUAUUGCACAAGACGUCCGUGCCGAUGGCCGAAGUCGACUGAGCCGACGUGUGCUUCGCAUGGAAAGCGGCCUCCUCAGUCAAAGCCACGGGUCCAGUCGAGUGUCGAUGAAGUCCGGCAGUACGGAUGUCCUUGCAAGUGUCAAAGUGGAGGUCGCCCAUGGAAACCACGAGAACGGGUGGGUCGAACUGUCUGUUCAGUGUGCACCGUCGGUCUCUGAAAAGAUGGACGGGCGAGCUCAAGAAGAAAUGAACGUCGAACUGACCGAGCGCAUGAAGCGCCUCGUCGUCGUACCGCUGUCCACGGAUGAUCUCGUCAUCGUUCCCAGCAAAAGCGUGUGGGUAGUCUACGUCGAUGUCAUGGUGUUCGAUACAUCCGGCAACCUUCCCGACGUCGUGUCCAUGGCCAUCUACGCGGCGCUGCGGGAUACAUUGCUUCCAUCCAUCAAACUGAGCGGCGAUAAGGACGACCAGGAGCAGAUCAUUCAGGUUGAGAGUGACCCUGCUUCCGGACGUCGCUUGUCGCUGGACGAUUGGCCUGUGUGCCUCACAUUGAGCAAGGUGGACAAGUGGUUCGUCAUGGACGCGACCCUUGAAGAAGAAAUGUGCAUGACGGCCCAGAUCAGCGUGUCUAUCGACCGCCGAGGCCAUGUAUGCGGCAUGCAGAAGAACGGGGUGGGGGCACUGGACCUUAAGGAGAUGCAAGCUAUGGUGGAUGUCGCGAGCAAGGUGUCGCCCGAGGUCUUCCAAGCGAUGUCUAACGUCUUUUCAGACCAAGAUGCCCAGGACUUGUCAAGAGGCCACGUGGCCGAACGCAGUGGGUUCCUCGCUUAAAAAGAGACUCGCAAUCGACGACAGUGCCUUCUACAUUUUUUUCAGCUCUUCUUCAGCCAACUCCUUGACAUCCUUCGCCGACUUCGACUAAUCAUACAAACGCUUGAGCACAUCAUGAUCGCACAAUGGAUCAGCCUGCCUUGUCCGUAAACGACCCGAGUCGAGCACCCUUUUGCUUGUCUGGCCGGCUGAGCAAGUUGUUGAAAAAGUUGGCCAGGUGCUUUGGGUUCACAUCCUACGGCACACGUCUACGUCAGCGGCAACAGCAGUCGAUCGAAGUUAGCUCCCACCUUGGUAGCGGCAGUUUUCACAUCGACCUUUUCCUGCACAAUUAUAUUCAUGACGAAUCCGUGACUUGCAAUUCUGUGUACCCCCUUCCUCAU